AUGGGUCGAACUAAGCACCACAGUGCUAAUGCUUGUCGACAUGCUUAUCUUGUCAAUCCAACAUUAUCAUUAACACCUUCUGAUUGGUCUCAAAUUCGAUUUACUCAACGUAUGAUACAUCCAACAUUUUCUAAUCGAAAGGAACUCAGUGUUUUCGAUAUGUGUUUUGCUGUUCGGUAUCAAUUUAUGGACGUAUCGGAUAUUCCUGCCAUUCGUGUAUUUAAAGAUAACAAUGGGACAUUAUGGAGUGUAGAUAAUCGGCUUUUAUGA